AUGCUCUCCCGGGCCAAGCCGGCCGUGGGGGGUACCCCGCCGCCGGCGGACAGGCGGAGGAAGAAAGGGAAGAAGGUGCCGCAGCUGGAAGAGCUCCUGGCCCUGAGGGACUUCACCGGCGCCAUCGCCUUGCUGGAGUUUAAACGGCACGUGGGUGAACAGGAGGAGGAUGCUGACCUUUGGAUCGGAUACUCUGCCUUUCAUUUGGGUGACUACAAGAGAGCACUGGAGGAAUAUGAGGCCUUAACCAAACAACCAGCUUGCAAUGCAGAUGUGUGGGUGAACCUUGCCUGUACAUACUUCUUUCUGGGAAUGUAUAUGCAAGCUGAACAAGCAGCCUUGAAAGCACCUAAGAGUCGUCUCCAGAACCGUUUACUCUUUCACCUGGCACAUAAGUUCAGUGAUGAGAAGAAACUGAUGAGCUCUCACCAGAAUCUGCAAGACGUUACAGAAGAUCAGCUUAGCUUGGCAUCUAUCCACUACAUGCGGUCCCACUACCAAGAAGCUAUUGAUAUCUACAAACGCAUUCUUCUUGAUAAUCGGGAGUACCUGGCUCUGAAUGUAUACGUAGCCCUAUGCUAUUACAAACUGGAUUACUAUGAUGUAUCACAGGAAGUGCUAGCUGUUUAUCUUCAGCAAGUUCCUGACAGCACCAUUGCUCUUAACCUUAAGGCUUGUAACCAUUUCCGACUUUACAAUGGGAAGGCUGCUGAGGCAGAGCUCAAGAACUUAACAGACAGCACCUCACCAUCUUUUGAGUUUGGCAAGGAGCUCAUUAAGCACAACCUGGUGGUGUUCCGAGGAGGAGAAGGGGCUUUGCAGAUCCUGCCUCCCCUGGUUGAUGUUAUUCCUGAGGCAAGACUGAAUCUUGUGAUUUACUAUCUCCGGCAAGAUGAUGUGCAGGAGGCUUAUAACCUGAUUAAGGACCUGGAACCUACAGCUCCACAGGAGUACAUCCUCAAAGGAGUGGUAAAUGCAGCACUUGGACAAGAAAUGGGCUCAAGAGAUCAUCUGAAAAUUGCUCAGCAGUUCUUCCAGUUGGUGGGUGAAUCAGCCAGCGAAUGUGAUACCAUUCCAGGGAGACAGUGCAUGUCCUCCUGCUUCUUUCUUCUUAGACAGUUUGCCAAUGUCCUGAUUUACCUCAACUCAGUCAAGAGUUACUUCUACAAUGAUGACACUUUUAACUUCAACUACGCCCAAGCCAAAGCUGCCAUGGGCAAUUUUAGUGAGGCUGAAGAGGUGUUCCUUUUGAUCCAGAGUGAGAAGAUAAAGAAUGAUUUUGUUUACCUUAGCUGGCUAGCUCGCUGCUAUAUUAUGAAUAAGAAACCACAGUUGGCCUGGAAGCUCUAUCUGAAGAUGGAGACCUCAGGGGAGUCCUUUAACCUAUUGCAGCUCAUUGCAAAUGAUUGCUACAAAGUGCGACAGUUUUACUAUUCAGCCAAAGCAUUUGAUGUUCUGGAGAGACUGGACAGUAAUCCUGAAUACUGGGAAGGCAAGAGAGGUGCCUGUGUGGGUGUCUUUCAAAUGAUCUUAGCUGGCCGAGAAGCAAAAGAGACUCUACGGGAAGUACUGCAUCUUCUGAAGAGCACUGGUAAUUCUCAAGUAGAAUACAUUGUCCGCAUCAUGAAAAAGUGGGCCAAGGAGAACAGAGUCCCUGUUUAAGUCAGUGCUACAAAAUGAACUGGGUGAGUUACUAUUGUGUGGGGCUCUGUACAAUGUGGGUCCUGGUUUCUCCUGUCCAUUCUGGGUAUCUCCUUCCUUGCAGGACUUGAGGCGAUCAAGCAGGUUGAACCAGCUGAGCAACAGCGUAGUGCAGUGAGAUUGCAAAA